ACCUUCUGAAGACCUCAUCAAAAUAUCUUCGGUCUUGCAAAAUUUUACAAAUUUAACAGGUUCUUAAGGACGAAUUCAACACUCCGUCGUUGACGAAACGUCGUUUUAAGGCCAGGAUGACUUAAAAGAACAACUUUUUAAGAAGCAUCAGUCUUCUUACAGUUGCUAUGGCUACAGGAAGAAGUUCAAUUAAAGUUCCAUGUGAAAAUGAAGACUUACCUGACAAAGAAAAUGCACCAGAUUUUGACGAGGACACUUUACGAGCCACAGCUGAUGUUUAUAGGAAUGAGGGUAAUGAGGCCUUCAAGAAAGGAGAUUUCAUCAAUGCUAUUCAUUUUUACACCAAAGGAAUUAAAAUGAACUGCAAUGACAAAGAACUGAAGGCCAAACUGCACAACAACAGGGCAAUUGCACAUUCUAAACUUGGAAAUCACCAGGAUUCACUAAGGGAUGCAGAAGCAGCCAUUGAGUUAAAUCCAACUUUCCUUAAGGCAAUUGUGAGAGGAGCCACUGCUUGUGUUGAAUUGAAGAGAUUUGAAGAGGCAAUCACUUGGUGUGAUAAGGGACUAGCUAUUGACAAAUACAAUAGGAUCUUUUUGUCACUAAGACUUCAGUCUGUCAGUGAAGUGGGAGAUAAGUCCAUGGAGGAAAAAGAUCCUAUUAGUCAUGACCAUGGUAGUGCAAGUUCAGGUGAUGUCAAGAAAGUCAUAGAUCUCUAUAAUCGGGAAGAAGAAGCCAUAGAUUCAUUAGGAAGGGUUUUUGAGUUGCAAGGUGGACUGCCAAAAGCCGUUGAACAUUACCAAGCUAGCAUAAACUUAUUAAAUUCCUUGAGAGUACUUCUAAAAUCUAAAGAUGAGUGGAAAGUUAAUUUUCGAAAUCAGCAUCAAAUGGCGUAUACAGGUUUGUGGAGAGUUCUCGUAGAACAAGGUAAUGUAGAUGAAGCCUUAUUUGUUGCUGAGAAAGGACGAGCUCAAGCUCUGACCGACCUCAUGGAAUCCAGUUUUUGUGGUGGAAUAGGUCAGCACAAGACAGGCGAUGAAGAUUUAGAAGUCACUGCUAAAUCUCCAUCGAUUUGGAUGAAACGUUUUUUAAAAGUUCUAAAAAACGUUCCAUUAAACACUGUCUUUCAGGCAGUGGACCAAACUGACAUCAAUCUUUGGGUUGUGUCCGAAGGAAAUCAUGUUCAGUUAAGACAAA